AUGUCUGACGUUGAAGUUAUCUGGGGUGGGGCCUCCCUCAUGGAUGAAGUCGCAUAUCCGAAUCUUGAAUCCAUCAAUGAGGUCUUCGACAUUCUACAGGCCAAUGGCAUCAAACACAUUGACACUGCCAAAUUCUAUAACAACUCCGAGGUGUUAUUGGGGAACCUUCAUGCCCAUUCCCGUUUUACCAUUGAUUCAAAAUAUCCCGGCGGAUUUGGAUCUGAGCCUUCCACCCCGGAGUCCUUCACGGAAACCUUGGACCAGAGUUUGGCCCGUCUCCAAACCGACCAGCUCGAUAUCUACUACAUGCACGCCCCCGAGCGCAGAAGCUCAAUGGAAGACCUGAUGGUUGGUAUCGACGCUGCACACAAGGCGGGAAAGUUCAAGCGAUUCGGUCUGUCCAACUAUCUGGCCGAGGAGGUCGAAGAGGUAGUCCGCAUCUGUCGUGAGAAAAACUACGUUAUGCCAAGUGUCUACCAGGGCAACUACUCUGCCGUUGCACGCCGACCAGAGAAAGAGAUUCUUCCCACGCUGCGGAAGCACAAUAUCGCCUUCUACGCCUAUUCACCCAUCGCCGGAGGGUUCCUGACAAAGGAUGUUGCGACGCUGGUCGCUGGCGGUGAGGGUCGUUGGGACCCCAAGACACCUCUCGGUGGAGUCUACAAUGCGCUUUUCAAUAAGCCCCAUAUGCUGAAGGGCUUGGGAGAAUGGGAGAAGAUCUCCAAAGGGUCUGGUAUUCCCAAGGCUGAGCUGGCAUAUCGGUGGGUGAUGCACAACUCGGCCCUCAAGGCAGAACUUGGAGACGCUUUGAUUAUUGGCUCGCGCAAUGUCGAGCAACUCAAUCAGACGCUUGCUGCAUUGAACAAGGGACCCCUCAGCGCGGAAAUUACAGCGCAGAUUGAUCAGGUGUGGGAUAUUGUUGAGGUCGAUUCGGUUUUGGAUACCUUUAACGGUUUCCCCAAGUAUGACAAGGUCUGA